UUCAGCUGUCUGACCAACUUCACCCUCAACUCCCCCGCAUCCACGACAUCAUAACCUCUUCCUCAUCACCGCCUUAUAUCUCUCCUCUUCUUCUCCGACUGUUUCAGUUCUCUUCAUUUCCAUAUAGCCCGUCAUGUUCAUCGCGCGAUCGGAAUAUGACCGAGGAAUCAACACCUUCUCGCCAGAAGGUCGUUUAUUCCAGGUCGAAUACUCCCUUGAGGCUAUCAAGCUCGGUUCCACCGCAAUCGGAGUAGCAACAUCCGAAGGUGUGAUUCUCGGCGUCGAGAAGCGUGUCACGUCCACUCUCCUUGAGACUUCCUCGGUGGAGAAAAUCGUCGAGAUCGACCAGCACAUCGGCUGUGCAAUGUCUGGUCUGCAGGCCGAUGCCCGAUCCCUCGUCGAGCAUGCUCGCGUCGAGUCCCAGAACCACGCUUUCAACUACGCGGAGCCGCUCCGUGUUGAGAGCUGCACCCAGGCAAUCUGUGACCUGGCCCUACGAUUCGGAGAAGGAGCAGACGGCGAAGAGAGCGUUAUGAGCAGACCGUUCGGUGUUGCACUUUUAAUUGCUGGAUAUGAUGAGGACGGCCCUCAGCUAUAUCACGCCGAACCCUCCGGUACUUUCUACAGAUACGACGCUAAGGCUAUCGGAUCCGGCAGCGAAGGUGCCCAGGCAGAACUGCAGAACGAGUACCAUCGGUCUCUGACGCUGGCCGAAGCAGAGACAUUAGUGCUGAAAACGCUCAAGCAGGUGAUGGAGGAGAAACUCGAUGCGAAGAACGUGCAGCUCGCAAGCGUGACGAAGGAGAAGGGUUUCCGGAUCUACGAUGAGGAGGAGAUGGGACGGGCCGUGGCGUCCUUGGGUAGUAAUUAAUGACUGGGUUCUAAGAAGUCUCUUCUCGGAAAGGCUUGGACCUAUGACCGCACGAGCUGGAUGCUCUUUAUGUCAGGAAAAUAGAAAAAGAACGCAUUUACUACAAAGUCUGUCAU